AUGAAGAAGCUUUUUGGCUUCGGGAGUAAGAAGGGAGUGUCGUCGCCCUUUGGCUCCUCCAUCAGCUCGGGGAGAGACAGCGGUGAUAGAAUCAACUUCCAGCCCGGGUACCACAUCCGAGACAAGGACCUCAGAAAGAUCCACAAAGCUGCCACUGUGGGCAAUGUAGCCAAAGUGCAACAGGUUCUGUUGAUUGGAAAAAAUGACCUGAACGACAGGGAUAAGAUGAACAGGACUGCGCUCCACUUGGCCUGUGCCAAUGGCCAUUCGGCGGUGGUAACUCUCCUCCUGGAGAGAAAAUGCCUGCUUAACCUCUGUGACAGUGAACACAGGACGGCGCUGAUGAAGGCCGUGGAAUGCCAAGAGGAGGAGUGCGCGACUCUCCUUCUGGAGCACGGCGCGGACCCGAACGUCAGGGACGUCCGCGGGAACACCGCGCUCCACUACGCCGUCUACUGCCAGAAUAUGUCACUCGCAGCAAAGCUGCUUUCCUACGACGCCGACAUAGAAGCCAGGAACAAGUGUGACCUCACACCUCUGUUACUUGGCAUAAGUGAAGGAAAAGAGCAAAUAGUGGAGUUUCUUGUAAACAAAGGAGCAAAUAUACAUGCGGUUGACAACUUGAAAAGAACAGCCCUCAUUCUUGCUGUCAAUUAUGGAUCAGCAAAUAUCGUCAGUCUUCUUCUUCAGCAAGGUGCUGACAUCUUUCCUCAAGAUGCUUUUGGAUGGACUGCAGAAGAAUAUGCUGUUAUUGGUGGCUUUAAUAUUAUUCACCACCUGAUUUCUGAAUAUAAAGAAGAGAGACCUAAAACUCCUCCUGAAAUUAGCAACCCAGAGAAUCAGAGUCCUGAAGAAGACUCUUUAAGCAGGUUUUGCAGUGAACCUCGUGCUGAUUUACGGGUUACAUCAGAUUAUGGCGUCUUAGACUUGGACACCAAGAGUAUCUCUGAGAGCCUGCCACAGAAGUAUGUGGAUUGUUUAUCUGGAGCUGCUGGUCAAAGAGGAAAAAAGACAUUAAAUGGACAAGUAGAAGAUUCUCCUGAGAAAUACGUUAAUGUGAAGCCUGCAGCCUCAGUGGAAGAUUUUGUUCCUAAGAAAAAAGUCCGAAUGAAGGAUUUCCAAACAUCCAGUUCAGAUUGGUCUUCUACUGCUUUGAGCCUCAGUGAUGAGACUUCUCAAAGAGCUGGGCAUUUGAAAGUUGAUGAUCAGUGUCCACUGACGUCACAAUCAAUGACCAAAAAUCAGUCAACAUCCACCGAAUUUGGACGGAUGCCCUUAACAGAUACUGUAAAGACGAAUAUUGCGGCGGUGUUUCUGGUAGGGAAUUCCAUGCUCCAUGACCUGUGCCAGUCUCAAGAGCCAGAAAACAGAGAAGGCGAACAAGGAGCAAGCGUCUUUGAAUUUCAUGGCUGCAGUCACCAUCUGCAUUGA